AUGCAUGCCCCGGGAUGGCCCGUUUCCCGUCCAACGUCACUGCAUAGCGCUGCCGCCGCUCCAGCGGGAGCCCUGCCGGCCGAGUAUAUAAAAUGGCGGCCUCGCUCUGUGCCCAGCGCACUUGGAUCGAGGAGGCCCGUCGAUCGUUGUGGAGAGAUGGGGUCGUUGGGGAAGGAGGCGGCAGCGGAUCGGGUGGUGCUGGCGGUGAACGGCGCGCGGCACGAGGCCGCCGGCGUCGACCCGUCCAUGACGCUGCUCGAGUUCCUGCGCACGCGGACGCCCGUCAGGGGCCCCAAGCUCGGCUGCGGCGAAGGUGGAUGUGGUGCAUGUGUGGUACUUAUCUCCAAGUAUGACCUGGCCACUGACAAGGUGACUGAGUUCUCAGCGAGCUCCUGCCUGACACUCGUCGGCAGCCUCAACCACUGCUCGGUGAUCACCAGCGAGGGCAUCGGCAACACCCGCGAUGGCUUCCACCCAGUACAGCAGCGCCUCUCCGGCUUCCACGCCUCGCAGUGCGGCUUCUGCACUCCCGGCAUGUGCAUGUCCAUCUUCUCCGCCCUCGUCAAGGCCGACAAGACCGGGGAUCCCGCCCCACCGCUGGGAUUCUCCAAGCUCACCUGCUCCGAGGCUGAGCACGCCGUCUCCGGCAACCUGUGUCGUUGCACCGGCUACCGGCCCAUCAUCGAUGCCUGCAAGAGCUUCGCUGCUGACGUCGACCUCGAGGACCUUGGCCUCAAUUCCUUCUGGAAGAAAGGUAUCGACCGUGCCGAUGUGGGCAAGCUACCGGGGUACUCCAGCGGCGCCGUCUGUACCUUCCCUGAGUUCCUCAAGGCCGAAAUCAAGGGUCAAACAAACGAUGUUCCAGCCGCUACGUACGAUGGCUGGUACCGUCCCAAGAGCAUCCAGGAGCUCCGCAACCUCUUUGACUCCAACUGGUUCGACGAAAACUCAGUUAAGAUCGUGGCGUCAAACACCGGCGCCGGAGUGUACAAGGAUCAAGACCUUUAUGAAAAGUACAUCGACAUCAAAGGGAUACCGGAGCUUUCGGUCAUCAACAGGAGCAACAAGGGGGUGGAGAUCGGGGCAGCCGUGUCCAUCUCCAAAGCCAUUGAGGUCUUCUCCGAUGGCACUCCCGUAUUCAGAAAGAUCGCCGAUCACCUGAGCAAGGUGGCCUCGCCGUUCGUCCGGAACACGGCGACGAUCGGAGGGAACAUGAUCAUGGCGCAGAGGCUGCCUUUCGCUUCAGACAUCGUCACUGUCCUUCUCGCCGUGGGUUCGACAGUGACAAUCCAGACGGCUUCCAAGAUGCUGUGCCUGACACUGGAGGAGUUCUUGGAGCAACCUCCCUGUGACGCCAAGACCAUAUUGCUCACCAUAUUUGUCCCAGAUUGGGGUUCAGACAGUGUCAUCUUCGAGACCUCCCGUGCAGCUCCAAGACCGUUCGGCAAUGCUGUGUCCUAUGUGAAUUCUGCAUUCCUGGCAAGGACUUCAGGGGAUGCAGCAUCAGGGGAGCUCAUUGUCGACGAAAUCUGCCUAGCAUUUGGCGCUUACGGCGUUGGUCACGCCACCCGAGCUCGGAAGGUUGAAGAAUUCCUGAAGGGGAAACCAGCAAGUGCACCUGUGAUACUUGAAGCGGUUCAGUUGCUGAAAGAUGUUAUCUCGCCGUCAGAAGGCACCACACACCCUGAGUACAGAGUCAGCUUGGCGGUCAGUUUCUUGUUCAGUUUCCUUUCUUCACUUAGUAACAACCUGAAUGAACCUGCAAAGUCUAUUGCUCCCAAUGGCUCAUGUGCCGAGUCAUCGCCUGAGAAGCAUGGUAAGGUUGCCAGCGAUGGCUUGCCAAUUCUCUCAAGGCAGGAACUGGUUUUCAAUGAUGAAUACGAACCUGUCGGCAAGCCAAUCACGAAAGCUGGGGCGGAGCUUCAAGCUUCUGGGGAGGCUGUGUAUGUUGAUGACAUCCCAGCUCCCAAGGAUUGCCUCUAUGGAGCAUUUAUCUACAGCACACACCCUCAUGCCCAUAUAAAAGGUGUCAACUUCAAAUCAUCUUUGGCUUCAAAAAAGGUCAUCACAGUUAUCUCCGCAAAGGACAUUCCAGCUGGUGGAAGAAAUGUUGGAUCCGGCUUCCCGAUGCUAGGAGACGAAGCGCUUUUUGGUCAUCCGGUGUCUGAAUUUGCUGGUCAAAAUAUUGGCAUUGUGAUAGCUGAAACACAGAAAUACGCCUAUAUGGCGGCAAAGCAAGCCAUCAUUGAGUAUAGCACCGAGAAUCUUGAGCCGCCAAUUCUGACAAUAGAGGACGCCAUCCAACAUAACAGCUACUUCCCUGUUCUCCCAUUUUUGGCUCCUCAGCCGAUUGGGGACUUCGACCAAGGGAUGUCUGAAGCAGAUCAGAAGAUCCUAUCAGGAGAGGUGAAACUUGAAUCACAGUACUUCUUCUACAUGGAGACGCAGACUGCAUUGGCCAUCCCUGACGAAGAUAACUGCAUCACCGUCUACUCCUCAACGCAGCUACCAGAGAUCACGCAGAAUGUCAUCGCGGACUGCCUCGGCAUUCCGUGCCACAAUGUUCGCAUCAUCACCAGAAGAGUUGGAGGCGGCUUUGGUGGAAAGGCAAUGAAAGGAUCCUAUGUCGCAUGUGCGUGUGCACUUGCAGCGUUCAAGCUGCGGCGCCCUGUCAGGAUGUACCUCGACCGCAAGACCGACAUGAUCAUGACAGGUGGGCGGCACCCGAUGAAGGUGAAGUACUCGGUUGGGUUCAAGUCAGAUGGCACACUAACGGCACUGCACGUCGACCUUGGGAUCAACGCCGGGAUAUCGCCAGACUUGAGCCCAUUGAUGCCGAGUUCCAUCAUCGGUUCUCUGAAGAAGUACAACUGGGGUGCCCUUGCCUUCGACAUCAAGUUGUGCAAGACCAACGUGUCGUCCAAGUCGGCGAUGCGGGCACCUGGCGACGUGCAAGGCUCCUUCAUCGCGGAGGCCAUCAUCGAGCACAUUGCGUCCGAGCUUGCGGCCGACCCCAACGCCAUCCGUAGGAAGAAUCUCCACAGCGUUGAGAGCCUCACGAAAUUCUACGGUGAUGCCGCGGGGGACGCCCCCACGUACAGCCUCGUCGACAUCUUCGACAAGCUAGCCUCGUCGUCGGAGUACCGGAGCAGGGCGGAGGCGGUUGGGUGGUUCAAUGGCGGGAGCAGGUGGAAGAAGCGCGGCAUCUCGUGUGUCCCGAUCACAUAUGAGGUGAGGCUCCGGCCGACGCCGGGGAAGGUGUCCAUCCUGAACGACGGGUCCGUUGCCGUCGAGGUCGGCGGCGUGGAGAUCGGGCAAGGGCUGCAUACCAAGGUGAAGCAGAUGACGGCGUUCGGGCUGGGGGAGCUCUGCUCUGACACCGACGGGCUCCUCGACAAGGUGCGCGUCAUCCAGGUCGACACGCUGAGCUUGAUCCAAGGCAGCUUCACUGGCGGAAGCUCCACUUCUGAGGUCAGUUGUGAGGCUGUCCGGCAGGCGUGCGCCGUGCUCGUCAAGCGCCUUAGACCCAUCAAAGAGCGCCUCGAGACCAAAUCUGGUGCAGUGACGCCAUGGAGCGCUUUGAUCGCCCAGGCGACAAUGGCGAGCGUGAACCUAUCGGCGCACGCCUUCUGGACGCCCGACCCAGCCUUUGUAAAAUACCUCAACUAUGGAGCUGCCGUGAGCGAGGUGGAAAUCGACGUUCUGACUGGAGCGACGACGAUCCUGAGGAGCGACCUGGUGUACGACUGCGGGCAGAGCCUGAACCCGGCGGUGGACCUUGGCCAGGUGGAGGGCGCAUUUGUGCAAGGGGUUGGGUUCUUCACAAACGAGGAGUACACGACGAACGCCGAUGGGCUGGUGGUGAACGAUGGCACGUGGACGUACAAGAUCCCGACGGUGGACACCAUCCCGAAGCAGUUCAACGUGGAGCUCAUCAGCAGCGCACGCGACAAGAAGCGGGUACUCUCCUCCAAGGCGUCCGGCGAGCCACCGCUGCUGCUGGCGGCAUCGGUGCACUGCGCCAUGCGGGAGGCCAUCAGAGCGGCUAGGAGGGAAUUCUCGGUCAACUCGCCACUGACAUUUCAGAUGGAUGUGCCGGCGACCAUGGCCGACGUCAAGGAGCUCUGUGGCCUCGACGUCGUCGAGAGGCACCUCCAGCGCCUCUGCUCCCCCGCCGCCAAGGCCUGA